UUCUAGGGAAGUUACUGCGAUAAGAAUGUUGAAAAUGAUUUGCUGCAAGUUUUUGUCAUUGUUGCUAAUUGCGGCUACCGCAAUGGCGCAGGAUAUUUUUGACAAUACCACCACCCAUAUGGAUGACUACCUUACGGCAAAUAGGCGUAACCAAAAUGCCCUUCUUCAGGACUACGAUAAUCAAAUAGCGAAUUUUAAAACUUUCUACUUGGAAAGGGUGAACAUCGUAAACAUCCAAUUGAAUUUCUUAAUGGACAGCCUCAAGGAAAUCGAUGAAACUUUGUAUACCAUGGAAUUGUUGGGUAAUUGGAACAAAGAAUGCAUUACCAAAUACAAAUCUGCUCUACCCGAAGAAGUGGCAACCAGAGUCAUGAUGAACGUCUGCAUUACCACUGCCAACAGUUUUUUGCCCUCCUUAAUAAAGGAUCUUCAAGAGACUCGUCGGGAUUUGAAAAAAUAUUUUGAGAACAAUUUCGAAGAGAAUGUUGCCAACUGCAAUAAUGAAGCUUGUGUCAGCAAUGUGGUUUCUCAAACCAAUAUGGUUAUGACUGAAAGUCGCAGGACCUUUAAUAAACAAAUGGCCACUUCAACUCAUACAGCCAAUGGCUACAUUAUAACCGCUUUGGAUUGCAGUUUCAAGGCCCAAAGUAAUGCCGUAUCCUUAAUAGCCUCCACUAAAACUCUAAUCGAUAGAUGUGCUCAACAUGCUGACUGCAUACCUAAAACUGGAAGCUUUUGUGAAAAUGUUGAUGAAAUUUCUUCUUAUAUGGUCAACAGUUCGAAGCCAACAGUACCUAACCCAUUCUAUGAACGUAGUGAUAAUGUUACUUGUGUAUUGUGGCAGAUAAAUUGAAAGGCACAAAUAAAAGUUUAGAUUGUGAAGAGGUGUAAUAAGAA